UAAUUGGAAACUAUAAACCAAAUGAUCACACUAUCUCGUAUUGAUUGUUUCAGCUGUCAUCUCCUUAUCCAAAGUUUAAAGAUAUUUUCGAAGCUUUCGAUGAUUCAGUAAUGUGCCCUCAAAGAGAAGAAUUCAACAAAACCCUCGUUGGAACUCUCGACUGUCUUACCCUUAAUAUUUACGUGCCCACAGUUGACCCCUCCAGCAAUCCGCUUCCAGUAUUAGUCUUCAUUUUCGGCGGAGCACUCCAAUUUGGUUCGGGUGGGAGAUACAUUUUUGGUCCCAAGUUUUUAGUCAAGCAUAAUAUUAUUCUAGUAACGCUAAACCAUCGUUUGGGUCCUUACGGAUUUAUGUGUCUCAAUAACCCAAAAGUCCCUGGUAAUCAGGGAAUAAAAGAUCAACGAUUAGCUUUGAGAUGGAUCAAAGAUAACAUAGAAGAUUUUGGAGGCGACACUAACAAAAUUACUUUAUCUGGUCAAAGCGCCGGUUCCAUGUCAGUCGAUCUGCACAUCCACUCGGUUGAGGAGAAUUUGUUUCAACAAGCUAUUUUAGAAAGCGGAACAGUUUUGACACCAUUUUUGUUUAUUAAUCCGGGAGAAGAAGGACCAUUGAUAUUGUCUAGAUACUUAGGUUUGGAUACAAAUGACUUAAAUAAUGCCUUGGCAUUUCUUGCCACAGUCGAUACCAAUGAUGUUAUUGCUGCUUCAGAGAAAAAUAAUUUGACAUUUAAGGUGUGUGUAGAAAGAAGUUUUGAGAACGUCGAAUCGAUUGUAACUGAUUACCCUGUAAAUUUACUAGCCCCGAGAGUUAAAAAUAUCUCUAUUUUAACCGGAUUUAACGAGGAAGAAGAACUCCGAAGUUAUGGCAAUGUUGAUGCCAGCUAUUUAAAGGAUAAUGAUUUGUUUAAGAAAUACAUUAAGGGAUUUUUUGAUUUCGGCAACUGCACAUACGACGCAAUGAGAACAGUUUUGAGACACUUUUACUUUGGAGACAGUGAAGUAGACGUAGAGACAAGACAGCAGAUUAUAAACUUAGCUUCAGAUUUACAAGAUGAGAUUGGCUACUUGUAUGACGUGGCGUUCUUGCAACCAUUCAUGUCUGAGGAAGAUCGUCGCAUAAUCGAUGUAAUGACUACCAUGUGGACAAAUUAUGUAAAAUAUGGAAAUCCAACUCCCGAAAUAACAGACCUUCUGCCAGUGAAAUGGGAUCCUGUCACCGCUGAGCAUUGGAACUACCUGCUCAUAGACAGCGAUCUCGCUAUGGGCACCAGACCCUAUAGUCAGAGAAUGACCUUUUUGGACGUGUUCUUUAAGAUAAAUGAGAAAUAUCAAAUUGGUUAUCACGAUAAAAAUGAUAAUAGUGUUUGUUUGAUCAAUCCACUGUAA